AGUGCAAACGGUUUUACGUAUUUUAUAGCAUUGUUGUUACUUACAUGUGGUUUUGUUGAUGGAUAUCGUCAUGGUUGACUGAAGCUUUUCUUUAUUUAUUGAAUAUAAUAAAUAACUGCUAAAAUGAGUUCUCAAUCAUAUCAUCAGCGGGAGAUGGAGGAACGGAUCAGGAGGUUUGACAGUGUGUGUGUUGCGGCAGUGCGUAAUAUUGGACAUUUGCAAGAGCAAGCAAGAAGUUUCCUGGCCCAGCUAUCAUGUGAGCCGAGAGAGCUUAAGCACCGCUUCCUGCAGUGCAGCAGACAGCUAGACGAAUUCAUGUAUGCCGUCACAGAUUUCAACUUGGCAGCGAGCAGUUUCGAUACCAACACUGCAAAGAUGGAUACGUAUCACCCUGUACCACCAAAAAACCCGAAAUAUCCACAUGAAUUAUCGUCUUCUCACUCUAAUACACCAUCUCACACUAACAUACAAAAGUUACAUACAAAAGAUAGAAAGUCAUACAACCGAAGGGAGAAUAAAGGAAUAAAUAAUAAAAGAGAAACAUAUAAGAGAGAGAAUUGGAGUAAGAGUACUUUAGGUUCUAAUGGAGGAGAUUUGAAUAAAAUGGAAGGAAAUGAAACAGUUGUGGAGCCAAAUGAAGAUUUAACUGAUACAGGGUGUCAACCAGUGGGUCUGCCUCCGCAACCAAAGUUGGACCCAUUGACGCCCGACGCUACUAUUGUAACUGUGGAAGGUGCCCAAUUAUGGAUAGUGGCCGAGGAUACUACGUUCUUCAAGCUUAUGGAAGAAAUGCUGAAUUAUUACCAAAAUAGAGAAAUGGUGAAAGAUUUCAUUCCUAAAAGCGUUUGUGCUUACUAUGACGACACCGAAACUAAGCACUUCCUUAGAGCCCUCUACAUUACAUCGGAGGAUGGUGAUCCAGAAGUGUUUCUUGUGGACACGGGGGAAUUCCAACCAGCUACCCAAAGUCGGCUGUACCCGCUCGCCCCGCAGUUCGCAACCACCCCGCCUUUGGCUCAUCUAUGUUAUUUAGCUGACGUAGAUCAGACGGACGAUAAAAACUUAGAAGACAGACGAACAGAAUUUCUGCAACAAUACUUGGGGCAAAGAUGCAAAAUAAAACUUGUGGAAGACUUAAAUGAUGACGGUUCGUUGCAGUCUCUGGGUGUUUACGUGUUCUUAGACGAUGGCACUACUCUCAAUGAGCGAAUGCAAGCACUUGAUUCAAACGAUCCGGAAUUGAACAAUAACUGUAAAACCAGUAUUGACAAUGAAAGCAUAUGUUCUUUGACUGAAAUAAGUAAAAUAAAUGGCCCCACACAGAAUGAUAAAAUCAGACCUGUUGAAAACGAAAGUAUAAAUAUACUUAACAAAUCUAAUGAAAAUAUUGGUAAAGAUAUAAGUUCUGAUGAAAAUAAAAUAAUGUUAGAUGAAAUAAAUACAUCUGAUGAAGAAAUUGAUGAAUACACAAAUUCUGAAGAAAAUAAAAUAGAGACGGAUGAAAUUAAUGAUAAAAGAGGCAAUGGAAUGGACCUUAGAUCUGAUGAGGGAAGGGUCGAAGAAUUGAAGGCGAUAGAAAAUAUAAAUUUGGAUGAAACGAAAUAUAUAGAAUAUGAGAAUGCGGUUGAAGCUGUCACGGGUUAUAAUAACAGGGAUGAAAUGGACAUCUGCAAGCAUUACAAAGGGGGUGAGAGUUGCUUCAAGGGCGACCGAUGCAACAAACGACAUGUCAAAAUACACCCAGACGGCUGGACGCUGGACCGCGUGUCCGUACAUGUCAAGUGUCCGUCCCCGCCCCUCCCCCCGCCGGGCACGUGGCACAAGGUCAAGGUCACGCACGUGGAUGACACGUGUCAGUUGUACGUGCACUUUGAAGGCCCAGAGGAGCCUAUGUCUCUAGCCGACCUCGUGGAUGAAAUGACGCUCGCCGCCGAGAAUUCCGGACCUUUAAAGUUAGUGCCGGCGCCUGGCGAGUUGGUGUCGGCGCCGUAUGAAGGCAGCCACUACCGCGCGCGAGUCAUCGCGACACACGACCAAAUAGAGGUAUUUUACAUAGACUACGGUAACACGGCGACCGUGUCUACCUCGGAUCUCCGGCCGCUCGAGCCGCGCUGGCUGGCGCUGCCGGCGCGCGCUGUGCCGUGCCGGCUUGCUGGCGUGUCCGGCGUGUCCGGGGUGUCCGUGUCCGUGUCCGGGGCCGACGUGUCCGAGACGCUUAGGGACUUAGCAUUGAACAGGACAAUGCAGGCACAAAUCAUCGCUCGAGGCCUCGACGAAGUGACAGUGAAAGUGAUCGACGCCGACGGGUUCGACGUCGGCGAGCAACUGGCCGUGUUCGCCGACAUCACCCUACAGCCUUACGACGUAGAACACGACGAGCAACGUUGCGUGCUCGUGCCGGCUUAGCCGAACAUAUGAGGUGCAGCCUUCGAGCAACACGGAAGGGAGGCGGCAUUCGCACUAUUUCCCCUCUGCCGAGGUACAAGAUUAGCGCGUCAAUCUAAUCUAGCGCGGGUAAUAAAACUAGUUGCACUUGGAUUUUUCACUAGACCGAGUCCAGACGCGCGCGUGAACACUGCUGCACUAAAAUGCCUGUUUGCUCGGUUUUUUGUUAUAAAAAGAGGUCGGGGACAUCAUCAAAUUUACAAAAAGAAAGUGUUACAUUUCACAUGUAAUAUUUUUUUUUACAUAUCAUACGUUUAAUUACAUUCAAACACAAUUAUUAUAUUUUAGUCUCAUGUAAUUGUUGGAUUUAUCGAUUUUGCUCGCUCAGUACAAAUUGCGGAUCGGUCGAGCGACAAAUCCGACUUCUCAUCUCUCAGAAUACAAUAACAUACUUCAACGAAAAUGUGUUAGUGUGCGUGUUGUGACACUUGUCACUCGUCCGCACACAGAAAGAGAUCGAGGUUUGCAAGAUUUGUCUUUGACGUGUGUCAUUUUCAAUGUAUUUGUGUCGUCAUUACAGAUUGGAUUUUGUAUGUAAGUGUGUGAGAAGUGCGACUGUGUGCACCUUUCCCCCCGCGAAAAAUGGCAGAAAGAUUUGUACGGUGAGAUAUCGCUUGGGCCCCUCCCUUCCGAUGUGUCGGAAGCCUGUGUUGCUCGAAGGGUGCAGCAUAUGGCCAAAUGAGGGAUAACAGGAAUGCAUCAUCAUCAUCAUCAUAUGGCCAACGAGAUUGAUUUGAAAACUGAAGAUUUAUUGUAUUUUUAAGACAAACAAAAUAUUAAUUAAGUGUUAUGCCGGCUGUACACACUCGUCGAGUGAGAGCAAUACGAGUGUGUACAUAUUGCUUCUUUCUCGUCUCGUCUCGCCCUUUUCCGAUUGGGUCGGUUUUUUGCUGAGACUUGCCUGCUUUCGGGGGGAUUUGCCGUCGAGAGGCUCUCGACGAUUGUAUACAGCCGGCAUUAGUUUUAAAGUUAUAAUAAAAAACCAAUAAUUAUUAUUAGUUUUUAAGCAAUAAUGGUGAGUUUCUUGCGGCGUUUCUUCUCACCGAAUAUCAAUUUCCGAAGCGCUGGUAGGCCGGACAUGUAAAAUAAUUUAAAUAAAUUCUAUACUUUUAUAAAAAAA